CAGGGAGGAUCAGAUGACACCGACGAAGUCACACCUGAAAAGCGAGCAUCUGUUCAAGACACAUAUGGCUGCAUAAAGUGGGACAUGAAGUUUUUGCCAGUCAGUGAGACACUGGAAACCCAGCAGGAGAAGAAGGAACGUAUGAAGAUUUUCAGUGAACAGACAAGUUUCAGUCAUGAAGAAGUAAAAACUCUAAUGAAAUGUACCUACUACUCUCAGCGCAAAGCAAUAAACAGCGGAGCAAACAUGCAAACCCUUAAAGAAGAGUGGCCUUUUUUGUUUCAGGCGAUUGGAAUGACAGUCCAUUUUGAAGAACUUACUGGGGUACCGCUGAAAGAGACUUUUCUCACCAGUCUGGAAAAGAAGGGAAAACGGCUUCUGGACUUUCUAAAAACCACUUGUGCAGACAAGAGCAAGCGUGUCUUGGAGGCUGUCAUAAAGCUUCGAAUGCAGAGGGGACAGCUGACGGGCUGCUCAGAAGAUGUGAAAGAUAUGAUGCUCCUCCUUCUCUCCUAUUUCGAUGAAAAAGAGGAGACCCUCUUCCACUAUGUUGAUGAAACAUGUCUGGCAAAAGAAGUCCAAGUGGAAAGCCUGCCUGUGACACCAUGUAUCAUUGUUUGUGGAUCCUCCUGCUUUGCAUCGAGACUGUUCAUGCUCAGCAUUGACCACAAAGUUGUAAAUGACCAAAUAACUGACUUCAUCUCUGCAAUCUGUCUGAUGCUUGGUAGCUACUACUGCCUGAACAUCCACUAUCCCCUGGAACUUGGCUCCACACUUGAAUUCCUUCAGAGGUGUUUCUUCAACAUUAACCCAGAGAAGGGAACAAAAGUUGAAAAAACUAAGAAGAAGACACUGCAUGUGAACCCAAGAGUACUCACCCUCAUCGCUGAUCUCUCUGAUCACGAGUGGCGAGAGACCGUUUAAAGACAUUUUGAACAGAUCGGUACAGUCAGCUUAACUGUACCUUGACUGGGAACUACUUUGUUGUUUAUGUUUUCAGUUAUCCCAGCUGAUAUUGAGUGCUGUACUCUUACCUGAUUUCUGUUAUCGCAGGCAUGCUUUUCAGAGGUUCUGACCAUAUAUCUUUAAACAAUCCCUCUAACUAGGGAUUGUUACUGAGAACUGUACUUUUGAUGUUUUAGAGAUGUUCUAUAUUCUAUACAAGAGUUUAAACUAUUUGAAUUUUGUAUUGCCUUAAUUAGCAAACAAGUUAUGUGUUGCACUGAACUGUUAACAUUGAAAUUUAAACAGCACUGUCUGUUACAAACAUUACUUGAUUUUAACUGUUAUCAUAGCAUUUUGUAGCUGUACGUUUCUGCAAAAGUCAUGUCACAAGCUUAUGUGCUUGUUCAAAUUCAUGUUUUCCUGAAAAUGGUUAAUAUACAUUUGUUAGAUGACUUUAAGUGUAGAGCUUAAGCAGUUUUGGCUUUCUUUUUUCAUAAUGCCAGGAGAAGCUUUAGAUGCUUGUUUUGUCUUUAUUUGUUUAAAGCAAUAUAUUUGACUAGUAGCAAGAGUGUGGAGGUCAAAAUAUGUUCAAGACAAUAAAAUUUGUCAGUGAAGGACAUCUGAAAUUUUGUUGCAGUGGU